CACACACACACACACUCAGAGAAACGGAGCUCCCAUCAGGACUGUGGAGCCAUGUGCAGCCACCAGGAGGAACACACACAGGCAGCAGCAGUGCAGCGAGAUGAUGAGGGGAAACACAGUUUGCUUCUAUCCACAAAGGGUUUGAAGUGAAGGGCACCAAGAAGAAUAAAGAAAAAGAGGAUAAGAAGAAAGCAACCAACUUCCCCCCAGUGAAGGAUUUUUCCCUUUUUGUUUGCAGCCAGACUAUGAGGCUGUGAGUUCAGGUCCUCGUCCCUCUUGCAGAGUUCUUCUUCUUCACUACCUGACACCAUGCCACCGAGGGACAGAUGGAGGAGUGGAGGCAGCUGCCUCUGGAUGCUGCUGCUCCUGCUCUGCUGUCUGGUUCUGGCACAGGGCUCCACGCUGAGCCCAGAGGACAGCCGGUCCACCACUGCCGCGAUGCUGCCAGAGGACUGGACCAGCACCAUGGUGCCACUGCAGCCGGACCUGCAGACCGUAGCCCAAACGCCCACACAGGCGCCGACGGAAGACCAGACGGAGGCGCCGACGGAAGACCAGACGGAGGCGCCGACGGAGAUGCAGACUCAGGUCUUCACCAACAACUACACAGGUAUGUCCUGCGUCCCUGUCCUGCCACCUCGUCGGGGGUCCUUCUACGUGGAGAGUGGAACAGGCAUGUCGGUGGGCAGUGUGCUGGCCUUCUGGUGCAGGGAGGGAUACCAGCUGGUCGGCAGCGACAAAAUCUCCUGCCAUGUCAGAAGCGGCAAAGCACAGUGGAGCAACUACCUACCUGUCUGCGAAGCGAUCCCCAGACCGGAGGACCGAGGACUGAGAGUGGCCGUGUUGGCUUCAGUUGUGAGUGGCAUCGUCAUUUUCGCCAUGUCCUUGUCCUUCCUCGUCUGCUGCCUGCAGGAGCGAUCUAGCCGGGACCGUGCCAAGAAAGACGGCCGGAGCAGACACAGAGAGAAGAGAUCAGGCCGCCGCAGUGAUUGCUGGCUGGAGACGGAAGAGGGAGAGUGGGAAGCCUUCCCUCCACCCAAGAUUUUCCACCUGUCCCAAAGGAUGAACCCCCGUCUGGCACCCGACAGUCCCCUUUACCUGACAGGAGGCCUCAAUGGAUACGAGAACAGAGGAUACCAACGGAGUCAGGAGAGUCUGCUGAAGACCUCUCUGCCUGGACUCUACCGGUCUGAGUCCCAGCUGUACCCACAUGUCGUCCUCCAGAGGGUUCCUACUCCUACUGCACCCUCUGCUCCUUCCGCUCCAUCAGCUCCUCUAUACCUCCACCUUCCCCCGUCUUCUUCGGCAGGCUCCUCCCCAGCCCACACCAUUACCCAAAGCCAGCCACGGAUUAUGGCGCAGUACCCCACGCCAACGUAUCCGCCCAACCCCAACACAGCUGUGCCUACUUACCCCCACCCAACACCAGCUCCUAUUUACCCCAACCCUAACCCACCACCGCAGAGGCCGUGGCAGUAGCUUUGUCUUCUGUUGUCCUGCUCUACAGGGUGUUUUAGCUGGCCAUGCAGAAGAAGAGCAAAGAAAGAAAAGGCCCGAGUCACAUUCUGAAGAAGUCCUUUUAGGUUUUCUUAUUCCCUUCUUCACUCUGUUGAAAAUGCCCUGCUCCAAAGCAAACAACAAAGUGCUCCUUGUUACUGCAUGCUUGAAGCACUUUUCCUACCGCCAGCACUUUACCAGUGAACAGUUGAGUUUUUUUAGUCCUACCUGAAAUGUUGGUGAAACAGAAGGUCAUCAGCGACAUCUCUGCUUUCUUACAAGGAACUCUAUCAAGCCAGUAAACAAAGGACCUUGGCAUGGGGUUGUAAUUUGUGCACUAACCUCAUUUGUAAGAGAAACCUGCCAUAGUAGGUGUGUUUAGGCAGCUCUAAGCCAUUUAAUGUAUUUUCUAUCAUUAACUGCUUUUAAGGAAGAUCCCUAUCGACUGAUAGGAAGAUUCCUAUCGGCUGAUUUCAGGUGUUGCUGAUCUAAUUAAGUUUUAACUAAGUGAAAUGAUGCUUAUGUAUUGACUAGAGCUGUGAGUAAGUUAAUGAAUGCAGGUCUUCUUAAUAUUCUUGUACUUUCUGGACCUAUGACUACAACCGGCACUGUGACUGAAAUGCUGCUGUUGUUCCAGCCACUAAACAAAUGUAUUUUGCACUAUUUGUAUGGAUUUCAAAAUGUAGAGAGAUCUUCUCAGCUGAUCUUCAACACCAAAACAGUUCUGUUAAUGUUUUCUCUGUGUGUUAUCUUACAAAAGUCAGCACUUGCUUGACUGACUAGACAUUGUGACAUUCCCCAACAGGGGGACAGUGAUUCGCUUAGAAAUAGAGCUUUCUUUGAGUCCUACAGCACCAGAAUUCAAAGAGUAACGUAUAUGUUGAAGAUGAUCAUUUUUAAGAUAAUCUCUGGUUUUAUAUAAUAAAGGUGGUGUAAAAGAAUGCAAAUCUAUUGAUCCAUUGUAAACUCUGUUGAGUUUGUGUAUAAAGUCUAGCAGUAUAGAUACAGUCCCUUGCAAAAGUAAACAUACAGUUUCUCUUUCAUCCUUCCACAUUUUGGGUGGCAAUGAAGUACAACUUCACAACUGUAAUACUUUUGGGGUAUCUACUAGCUUUUUGUCUGUCCUUCUGUGCACAAAUGCUCAAGCUCAAUAAGAAUUGGGAAGCAAACAUAGGAUUUAGGUUGGGACUCGACUGAUCUAACAAAUAAAAGUGCUUUGAUCUAAACUGUUCUGUUGUAUUUCUGGAUGUAUGUUCAGGAUCAUUGUACUGCUGGAUGGUGAGCAAGUCUUUUGCAGCCUCUAAGAGGUUUUCUUCCAUGAUUGCUCUUAUAAACUUAUCCUCCGUCCAUCUUCCUUUGACUGUUAAAGUUGCAUGAAUCUGGAGACGGUUUGUUCAGGAUGUUGUGCGAUAUUAAACCCCUUCUCCAUUGUCAACUUUUGGUCUAGCCGGUUAAUGUCUGGUUUGGGUCAAGCCACAUACCUGUUGGCUAUGUGUUUCUCACUUAUAUUGGGCAGGAAUGUGGGAAUGUGAGCGGGCAUUAGCUCUGGUCAAUAUGUCGAUAAUAUCAUUUUGUCUUUCUUUAUAUUUGUUUGUUACGGUUUGCCCUGAACCACUGACACUGUAAGCGCUCUUCCGCAAGUACCGCCUAUGCCUAUCCAGUGACGUAGAACUAUGGGCCAAUCAACAAAUGCAGUCUGCUGCCAAACGAGUCGCUUGCUUUCAAUACCUGGCAUGACCCGGCUAAUCCAGGGUAGAAUCCGUUCAGAAUCCAACCCUGACACGAAUCUGUCUGGAACUGACUGGGGAAGAACCAGUUAAAGCCACGCCCAUGGAGAGGAGGUUUUAUCAAUCUGACCAGAGUAACUUCGUCCAUGUUUCCUGUGUCCCCUACAAGAGUUGUGGCAAUAACUUCCUUCUUGUCAUUCCUCCAUAAAAGUCUGUUUGUGGUGUACAGCUGAACUGUGGAUGUCUGCAACUCUUCCAGAUUUUACCACAGGCCUUUCAUUAAUCAUGCUUCUCUGCUUAAUAUUUCCUAUGGCAACACAUUUCUGCCAAAAACUCUGAGGAGCGUAUUAAUUCAUUAAUAACUGUUUUACCACUUGGUGUGCUGCAUUCACGGGUCUGUGAAUAAGUGGAAAUGUCCAUGGUCAGAGCAUUCUCUGUUGAUUAAUAAAUGAUGCUCUGUUGUGCUUCCUUAUGACACGCCUCAGGGUUUUUGGCAUGAAUGUGAUGCCAUAUUCUUCUUACCUGGCCAGUAAUUUUAUUUGCAAUUACUAAAAAGCUAAAUUUGGCACAAGUUGACUUAAUUAAUUAGAUAACUUAUUAAGGCGAUUUGUUCCUUUAAAUUUCAUAAUUGGUGUCAGAGUAGAGACUAGAUGCAAAAGACAAAAUUUUCUUUGUAAAAAUUUAGCAAAGUCUUGUCUUCUUUUUCUUCCCCUUUGUAGUUAUACCCUACGUUGUUUUUGAUUUUCACAUGAAUUCUCAAUGAAACAUAUUAAGGUUUGUGUUUAUACCAUGAUAAAAUGUGGAAAAGUUCAAGGGGUUAAAUACGUUUGCAAAGCACUGUAGAUAAACUCCAUAACCUUAAGCUUUGUUUUGUCCUAUUAAUACAUGUAGAUGCAUUUAAGUUUUAUUUGCAGCAUUGAAAAGUUUUUUCUCUUCUUUUUAUUAUGUUGGUAACUCUUGAAACACAAACAAACCUGCUGCUUUCAGUUUCGAACCGCUUGAGCUGGAUAGUCUUUCAUUAAGUCUUAAAAGUGAAAUGCUGUGUAAGAUAAACAGACAUAAAUAAAACCAUGUUUUGUUUUAUUUCAAAUUA